AUGAGUGCCGUCCACGGGGGAGAGGCUCUUGCUGGCCUGCCAACCGUGUCCGUCACCCUGGACUUCAGCCUGCACGGGAGCCUGAUGGCCUGGCCGCUCGGCCACAAUGCGACUCUGAACCGCAGCUUGCCCAUCCCUGACCCCCGGAAUGCCUCCGGGGGGGCAGAGGUCUCGCGGACGUCCAUCCAAGAGAAGAACUGGCCGGCCCUCCUCAUCCUGAUCAUCAUCCUGCUGACCAUUGGAGGCAACAUCCUGGUCAUCAUGGCCGUCUCCCUGGAGAAGAAGCUCCAAAACGCCACCAACUAUUUCCUCAUGUCCUUGGCAGUGGCGGACAUGUUGGUGGGCAUCCUCGUCAUGCCGGUCUCCCUCAUCACCAUUCUCUACGAUUAUGCUUGGCCCUUGCCUGAACAAUUGUGCCCCAUCUGGAUUUCCCUAGACGUGCUUUUUUCCACUGCCUCCAUCAUGCAUCUCUGCGCCAUCUCUCUCGACCGAUACGUCGCCAUCCGUAACCCCAUCGAGCACAGCCGGUUUAACUCGCACACCAAGGCAAUCAUGAAAAUUGCAGCUGUGUGGACUAUCUCAAUAGGGAUCUCCUUGCCCAUCCCGGUCAUCGGCCUGCAGGACGCGUCCCGGGUGUUUGUGAACGGCAGCUGUGUCCUCAACGACGAGAACUUCGUCCUGGUGGGCUCCUUCGUGGCGUUCUUCAUCCCCCUCGUCAUCAUGGUCUUCGCCUACUGCCUGACCGUCCGGGUCCUGCAGAAGCAGGCCUCCGUGUUCCUCUAUGGGGAGGCGCCCAGGCAGCGGCGGAGCAGCACGGGCUGCGCCAAGAAGGAGAGCAACGCGGAGAACCUCUCCAUGCUGCAGAACCACGAGGCCGCCUCCCACCUGAACUCGCCCAUGAACAAGGAGGGGGUGCUGUUCCGCAAGGGCACCAUGCAGUCCAUCAACAACGAGCGGAGGGCCUCCAAGGUCUUGGGAAUCGUCUUCUUUCUGUUCCUCAUCAUGUGGUGCCCAUUCUUCAUCACGAACAUCAUGUCUGUCCUCUGCAAGGAAGCCUGCGAUGCGGCCCUGCUUGGAGAGCUGCUGGACGUCUUUGUCUGGGUGGGCUACAUCUGCUCCGGGGUCAACCCCCUGGUGUAUACACUCUUCAACAAAAUCUACCGCAGGGCUUUCUCUAACUACAUCCGCUGCCGCUACAACGGUGGCAAGAAGUCUGCGCAGCGGCAGAACCAGUGUCCGAACGUCUCGUCGACGGCUCUGUGUGGGAAAGACCUCAAUUUGAACAGUUACCGCAACGGCAGCGAGCUCAACAGCAUGGAGCUCGAUGAGACCGAAGAUGCCUUGGAGAUGCACGUGGGGACCUCCGAGCUCUCAAUAAACAGCUGCAGUCGUGAGAAAACGAGCAGCGUGUGA